CCGCGGAGGAGCUGUGUGUAUGUGCGAGUCUGACGGGUUCAAAAUGGCGGCGGCUGCUUCAGCGGCUCCUCCUGUGUGAGGGAAACAACACCCCUCCCCGGCGGCGGCGGCGGCGGCGGCGGCGGCGGUGGCUCGCAGAGCACCUUCCCGGCGCCCGGGCCUGUCGCCGCUCUGUCUCUCCUGGGCAGGGGGCGCUCCUGGAGGAGGGGCAACGCCAGGGGGCCCAUCCCCCGGAAUCCCUCCUCUGCGCCUGGGGAGUCGCCGGGGGCUCGUCCCGCAGCGCGGAGUCCGGGCUGAGGGGGAGACGCGAGGGCAGCCCGGGCCCCCAGCCCGGCGCGCCGCGCCGCUCCCGCCCUCUCCGCCCCCCGGGGCCGGGGCCCGCGUUCCGGGGGGCCGGGGCGGCGCGGGGCGCCUCGGGCCGGCCGGUCUCAGCUGAUCGGCCGCCGCUCCCGAGCUCCGGAGGCGGCCGGGCGGCUGCUCGCCGAGGGCACGGCGCUCCCCGCGGCCGGGGCCGGCCCGGGGCUCGGGCUCGGGCCGCUGACCGCCGGCCCGGGGGAGGCGGGGGCGCCCGGGCUCGGCGCCCAGGGGUCGCGCUCCGCGCUGCCGACGCCUCCGGCCCCGGGCUCCGAAGCCAGCGGCGGGGGCUGGACCCGGCGCCUGUUUCCGCUCUCCCCGGGCCGCUGCGACCCGCUCUGGAUCCGGGCUUGAUCCCCGGAAAAGCCGAAGGCGACGCUCGGGAUCUCGUUUUCCUCGCAGUUGUUGGAAUCUUGAACUUCUCACUUGGACCAGAACUCAGGAGCCAGAUCCCCGUGUUACAAUCUGGUUCCUAAGGAGGAAGAGGAAGGCAGCCCUGGAGUGGUUUCUUUACAGUAAUUUCAACAGAAGAGUGAGAGAUGGAACCUGAAGAAGAAAGGAUUCGUUACAGCCAGAGAUUGCGUGGUACCAUGCGGCGGCGCUAUGAAGACGAUGGCAUUUCCGAUGAUGAAAUUGAAGGGAAGAGAACUUUUGACUUGGAAGAAAAACUCCACACCAACAAAUAUAAUGCAAAUUUUGUUACUUUUAUGGAGGGAAAAGAUUUUAAUGUAGAGUAUAUCCAGCGAGGUGGCUUAAGAGACCCUCUGAUUUUUAAGAAUUCUGAAGGACUUGGAAUAAAGAUGCCAGAUCCAGACUUCACUGUGAAUGAUGUCAAAAUGUGUGUGGGGAGUCGUCGCAUGGUGGAUGUCAUGGAUGUGAACACCCAGAAAGGCAUCGAAAUGACCAUGGCUCAGUGGACUCGCUACUAUGAGACCCCAGAGGAGGAACGAGAAAAGCUCUAUAAUGUUAUCAGCCUGGAGUUUAGCCACACCAGGCUGGAAAACAUGGUGCAGAGGCCUUCUACGGUGGAUUUCAUUGACUGGGUUGACAACAUGUGGCCAAGGCAUUUAAAGGAAAGUCAGACUGAAUCAACCAAUGCCAUCUUGGAGAUGCAGUACCCUAAAGUGCAGAAGUACUGUCUAAUGAGUGUCCGAGGCUGCUAUACUGACUUCCAUGUGGACUUUGGUGGUACCUCUGUUUGGUAUCAUAUCCAUCAAGGGGGAAAGGUCUUCUGGCUCAUCCCCCCUACAGCCCACAACCUGGAGCUGUACGAGAAUUGGCUGCUGUCAGGGAAACAGGGAGACAUCUUUCUGGGUGACCGGGUGUCAGAUUGUCAACGCAUUGAGCUCAAGCAGGGCUAUACCUUCGUCAUUCCCUCAGGCUGGAUCCAUGCUGUGUACACUCCUACAGACACAUUAGUGUUUGGAGGCAAUUUCCUGCAUAGUUUCAAUAUUCCUAUGCAGUUAAGAAUAUACAACAUUGAAGAUCGGACACGGGUUCCAAAUAAGUUUCGCUAUCCAUUUUAUUAUGAGAUGUGUUGGUACGUUUUGGAGCGCUAUGUGUACUGUAUAACCAACCGCUCUCACCUGACUAAGGAGUUUCAGAAAGAGUCCCUCAACAUGGAUUUGGAAUUAAAUGGGUUGGAGUCUGGAAACGGGGAUGAGGAAGCCGUGGAUCGAGAACCCCGACGCUUGAGCAGUAGGCGUUCCAUCCUCACUAGCCCUGUAGCCAAUGGCGUCAACCUGGAUUAUGACGGACUGGGCAAAACUUGCCGAAGUCUCCCAAGCCUGAAGAAAACCUUGUCUGGGGACUCAUCCUCUGACUCUAGCCGGGGCUCCCACAAUGGCCAGGUGUGGGAUCCACAGUGUAGCCCCCGAAAGGACAGGCAGGUGCAUCUGACCCAUUUUGAGCUUGAAGGCCUUCGCUGCCUUGUAGAUAAGUUGGAGUCUCUGCCACUGCACAAGAAAUGUGUCCCCACGGGAAUAGAAGAUGAAGACGCCCUCAUUGCUGAUGUAAAGAUUUUGCUGGAGGAGCUUGCCAACAGCGACCCCAAGUUAGCCCUCACUGGAGUUCCUAUAGUACAGUGGCCAAAAAGGGAUAAGCUUAAAUUCCCCACCAGGCCAAAGGUGCGGGUUCCUACCAUCCCCAUCACCAAGCCUCACACUAUGAAGCCAGCUCCACGGCUAACACCUGUGCGGCCUGCGGCAGCCUCCCCCAUAGUGUCGGGGGCCCGGCGGAGACGCGUGCGGUGUCGGAAGUGCAAGGCCUGUGUGCAGGGGGAGUGCGGUGUGUGCCACUACUGCAGGGACAUGAAGAAGUUUGGGGGCCCUGGCCGCAUGAAGCAGUCCUGUGUCCUCCGGCAGUGCUUAGCACCCAGGCUGCCCCACUCCGUAACAUGUUCCCUCUGUGGAGAGGUGGAUCAAAAUGAGGAGACACAAGACUUUGAGAAGAAACUUAUGGAAUGCUGUAUCUGUAAUGAGAUUGUUCAUCCUGGCUGCCUCCAGAUGGAUGGAGAGGGGCUGCUUAACGAGGAAUUGCCAAAUUGCUGGGAGUGUCCAAAGUGCUACCAGGAGGACAGCUCAGAGAAAGCCCAGAAGCGGAAAAUGGAAGAAAGCGAUGAAGAAGCUGUGCAAGCCAAAGUCCUGCGGCCCCUGCGGAGCUGUGACGAGCCCCUCACGCCCCCGCCCCAUUCACCCACCUCCAUGCUGCAGCUCAUCCACGACCCGGUUUCCCCUCGGGGUAUGGUGACUCGGUCCUCCCCUGGGGCUGGCCCCAGCGACCACCACAGUGCCAGCCGCGAUGAGCGCUUCAAACGGCGGCAGUUGCUGCGGCUGCAGGCCACAGAGCGCACCAUGGUACGGGAAAAGGAGAACAACCCCAGCGGCAAAAAGGAGCUGUCUGAAGUUGAGAAAGCCAAGAUCCGGGGAUCGUACCUCACGGUCACGCUGCAGAGGCCCACCAAAGAGCUCCACGGGACAUCCAUUGUGCCCAAGCUGCAGGCCAUCACGGCCUCCUCUGCCAACCUUCGCCAUUCCCCCCGUGUGCUAGUGCAGCACUGCCCAGCCCGAACCCCACAGCGUGGGGAUGAGGAGGGGCUGGGGGGAGAUGAGGAGGACGAGGAGGAGGAGGAGGAAGAUGACAGUGCAGAGGAGGGGGGUGCAGCCAGGCUGAAUGGCCGGGGCAGUUGGGCUCAGGAUGGAGACGAAAGCUGGAUGCAGCGGGAGGUCUGGAUGUCUGUCUUCCGCUACCUCAGCCGCAGAGAACUUUGUGAAUGUAUGCGAGUGUGCAAGACGUGGUAUAAAUGGUGCUGCGACAAGAGACUUUGGACAAAAAUUGACUUAAGUAGGUGUAAGGCUAUUGUCCCUCAGGCUCUCAGCGGCAUCAUCAAGAGGCAGCCAGUCAGCCUCGACCUCAGUUGGACCAAUAUCUCCAAAAAACAACUGACGUGGCUGGUCAACAGGCUGCCAGGACUGAAGGACCUCCUCCUCGCGGGCUGCUCCUGGUCUGCAGUCUCUGCCCUCAGCACCUCCAGCUGCCCCCUUCUCAGGACCCUUGAUCUUCGGUGGGCGGUCGGAAUCAAGGACCCUCAAAUUCGGGACUUGCUGACUCCACCGGCUGAUAAACCAGGUCAGGACAAUCGCAGCAAGCUCCGGAACAUGACUGACUUCCGGCUGGCCGGCCUCGACAUCACGGAUGCCACACUUCGCCUCAUCAUUCGCCACAUGCCCCUCCUGUCUCGACUCGACCUCAGUCACUGCAGCCACCUUACAGACCAGUCCUCCAACCUCCUCACCGCCGUCGGGUCUUCCACUCGCUACUCCCUCACCGAACUCAACAUGGCAGGUUGCAAUAAAUUGACAGACCAGACCCUGAUCUACCUACGACGCAUCGCCAAUGUCACCUUGAUCGACCUUCGAGGAUGCAAGCAGAUCACUCGAAAAGCCUGCGAGCACUUCAUCUCAGACUUGUCCAUCAGCAGCCUCUACUGCCUGUCUGAUGAGAAGCUGAUACAGAAGAUCAGCUAAGACACGCCGAGGCUGACCAGGAGAGCGAUCUUCCCCGACUCCCCAGCCAGGAGAGCUUCUCUCCCGACCCUGCACGGGCUGAGGCCAGCGUCACACUCCCUCUCUGCUCUCCUGCCCCCGAGCCCUUCCCCUGCAGACGGGGCAGAGAGGGCGGUGGACACCAGGCUCGCCCACUCCUCUCCCUCCUGAGGAGAAGGGAGCAGCAAAUUGUUCCGAGGGGAAGCACAGGCGUGUGCUGUCAAGGUGCCUGCUCGCGAGUCCCGCCGCCCGCCAGGAGGCCAGGCUCUAGGUUGGGGGUGUCUGCAGCUGUCAUCUGUGCUGGGCCCUGGGGCCCUCCUCCCUGCCCAAGGGCCCCAGCAGUGCCUGGUUCUGAGCAAACUCCCAGGGAAGAAAGUGGCCCUGUCUCUGUGGCCAGCUUCUCCUUGUGUCCAGUGCGUGUCUCUCCUCCGUCACACUCUCCCGGCUUAUGCAGGAGGGGCCAGCAGCCCCAGAAACGCCAGACCCAUCCAGAAUACACGGUGCUGUUGAGGUGUCUCAGACCUCGUCCACGUCUGCGCUCCCUCUCCUCGCCCUGUACUUGAUCCUGUCCGUGCUUGUGAUGGUUCCCAUGAUGAGGCCCCACCCCCGGAUGCCGGCUAGUCUCUGUGAGGUCCUUGUUGCACUUAAUGGGGUUGAGGCUCUGCAGAGGAGCUGGAACUGUCGGGCCCAGGGACACCCCCUGUAUUUGCAUCCUAGUCAGAUUCUGAGGCACCAUCUCAUUUCCCCCUCUCGCCUCCCACAAGCCCUUCCUCCUGCCCGAGUAGGGCUUGCCCCGGAUGUGUGUCCUCACAGGGAGCAGCCUGUCUCCCCCAGUGUGGGGGUGGUGGGGGGAGAGCAGAGAACUGGGCCACAUGCUCCACCUGCCUCCCAGCGGGCUCCCGGCUUUGCUCUGGUGCGGCACCCCCCCAGCCCGGGGCUAUGUCUAGCUCCAGUGGCCCACUGAUCUGGCACCUUCGACAGGCUCGGGGAGGGAGGUCCUGCUCAGGAGCCAGCCUCCUGCCCUCUGCCUGCAGCCAUGGAAGGGGGUGUGCAUGUGCCUCGUGUGUGUGGCCGAGUGUGUUAGGCGUGGGGGGCGUCCGUCUUCUGCUCCACCGCCCUGUGUCAAGCCCCAGCAGCUGCCCCCUUUCACUUUGCAUUGAACGGCCUGUCCAAAGAUCCUCUCUCUAGGGCAGCAGAGAGCUUUUUGCACUUUAAAAAAAAAAAAAAAGAAAGGUCGGAAUUUCUUUUGGGUCAAUAUUUAAGCGUGUGAGGAGAUGCUCGUAGCAGCGGCCUGCGGCAAGAGCUGAGAAGUGAUCGACGCGGAUUUGCACUCUGCUCCCCAUCUGUAAGGAUAGUGAUAGCACAACCUUGCCCCUCCUCGCCCUCCCGCCCCACCCCUCGCUGGCCCCUUUCCUGCUGCCCAGUCCCAGGCUCUCCUCCGGAAGCCCCUCGGGGGAGGGGAAGGAGCCAGGCACCAGGGCUCUGAAGUGAGCCACCCCGAGGAGAGGCCCCAGCUCUGCCCUUGCCACUUCCAAAGCAAUAGAGGCCACGGGGCCCCUCUGCCACCUAGCACCGCUUUGACCCUGGCACCGGCUGGCCGCCUGAGAGAGAACUGGGUCCCGCAGGGGGUGGCGUUGUGUCUGUUUCUUCCAAUCUGCUGAUUCUCUUGGCUGCACCUUAAAAGCAGCAGUCUGCUCCCCACCCUCCACCCCGCCCACUGGGCUCCAGGCCCCAGCGACCUGGGGCUGAGACUUGGAGGAAAUGCCAGUGACUUACUCCAGAGUGCCUCAGUUAGGGGACUUCUCUGCAAAGAACCCUGGGUAUCGAGCAAAAACCUUAUUAAUAUUAUUGUUAAUGAUCUAUAAUUGGAAGCUUCCUGCCUUGUCUUGGUUGCUCCUGUGGAAAAAUACUGAAGAUUGUUUUGUUUUGUUGACUUUUUAUAAAAGGGGAGGUGGAGAGACCCCUUCAGAGCAGGGAUUGUGCCGGGAGAGUGCCUCUGACUUUGGGACAUUUCAUCCACAGGAUUUUCCAAGCUGGUGGUUUGUUUUGGGUUUUAUUUUGGUUAGUUGGGGUUUGGAAAAACCAGCAUUUUCACCACGCACGUCCACCGGUCAGCAGGAAGGGCAGCCCUGGCGCGGCGGCAGACGGACCCGCUGCCCUUGCUGGGUUUUCCUUUUCCCUGGGACUCUGAGGGGGAGCUGGCCUCAGGGGUGAGGGUUGGUCUGUGCGGAGGAGAGAAACGUCUCCGUCUGGGGACAGAGGGACCCGGAGUCGCGCUGCAUUCCCCGCGACCUGCUCUUCGCGCCGGCCUCGCCGGGAGAGCCCGCCCGCCUCAGACCGCAGGACCAGACACCCUGCCUCCAUCUUUCCGAGCACCGGGGCAAAAAACCACAAAGGAAAGGAAGAAAAUUUAUAUAUAUAUAAUAUAAAAUCACUUGGUGAUUAAAAAAAAUAACUGCUCCAUAAAUAAAACUCCUAAAGUCACUAUGUUUAAAGGGUUUGGUUGUGUUUUUUGUUUUUUCGGAGAAAUAUUGUAAAUAUAUAUUUUUUGUUGCCGAUUUAGAGUCAAUCUCCAAUGUUGUGCUAAGAAAUUUUAAAUUAAAUGUAAGCAUUAAGGGGACGAGUCAUGCGGUCUCAGUGGACGCGUUGGGGUUACUUUGGGCCAGGGAAAGAGGGAGCUAGUUGGACUUCUGUUUUCUAAACGUUCUCCACUAUUGGUUUUAGGCGCGCAAGGAAACCUUUCCUCUGACACGUGGGAAUGGAGAUAUUUGUGUAAUAAAAUUUUAAAAAGACAAAAAAAGAAAUAGCCUCCAAUGGGAACUAUUUUGAUUUGGGUUUUUUUUUUUUUUUUUAAU